UUCUUUGCGGUGGCUCAAGAUGGCGGCGCUCAACGGCGCCAUGAGCGAUUCGGAUAACAGCAGCAGCAGUAGCAGCAGCGAUGCGGAGGAGCUGGCUCGGUGCCGGGAGGCCGCGAUGCCGGCCUGGGGCUUGGAGCAGCGCCCGCGGGGGCCGGAGAAACCAAGAGCCGGUGCUGCAAAUAACCAGUUGCCAACCUCCCACCCGAGCCUCAGGCACAAGGUGGAUGAGCACGAACAAGAUGGCAACGAGCUGCAGACCACCCCUGAGUUCCGAGCCCACGUGGCCAAGAAACUGGGAGCCUUACUGGACAGCGUCAUUACCAUCUCGGAAGUAGUGAAGGAGCCAAGAAAAGCUGAGGUACAGAAAGUCACCUCGGAGGAUGAUGGUUUCCGCCUGUUCUUCACAUCCGUCCCCGGGGGCCCUGAGAAGGAAGCUUCUCCCAAACCCCGCCAAAAGCGACAGCCCUCGAGCUCCAGCGGCGAGGACAGCGACGAGGAGUGGCGGCGGUGCCGGGAGGCAGCCGUGUCGGCAUCCGACAUCCUGCAGGAGUCAGCCCUGCACGGCCCUGUCGGGGUGGAGGAGGGGGCGGGAAGGAAAAAGAAGUCGAAAAAGAAGUCGAAAAAGAAAGCCAAGAAGGUGGUCGGUGUCGACUCCGCAAUAGCCACCUCCUCCAGCAGCAACAGCGGGGCCACCGGCCGGAAGCAGGAAAAGGAGCCAGGCGAGCUCAAUGGGGACCAGGUGUCGCUUGGGACCAAAAAGAAGAAAAGGAAGAAAAAGGUGAAGAAGGCCGGUGAGCCUUCUCCACUCCCACCAGCCAAGAGUGCUGCGGCCGAGCCUGCAAACUGACCCCGGCUGUGGGCGCAGGGCCCAGCCGCCCGCCGGGGGCCAGGCGUUUCCAAGCUGCACCUCUCUCUCCAAGUGCAAGGACUUGGCUGGCACGUCCCGACUCUGCCCGUGAGAUCCUGGUCGUGAUGGGGGCUUGCCCAAGGGUCGGGACAAAGAUGUGGCUGUAGGGUAAGAAGCCUGUUGUACCAGAACAUUCCAUGGGAAUGUUCGGGAAGAAGGAGCCUUCCGGUUAGUCGAGACUAGUGGCCAAGUGGUACAGCUCCCAUCUCCCCGGAACUGUCUGAGGUGGGACACCUCCUCCACCCACCUCCUCAGCCUGGCGUGAGAAGCCAUCUGUAGAAAAUGAGGGAACGGGUCCCCACGAUGCCACCGCCCAGAGAAACUUUUGUUUCCUCCCCUCAACCCACAUAGACUUGACAGAAUUGCCUGAAAAAGAAGAGAGUUAUUUUCCCCCCCUGGUUUUCCAGAAUUUUCUUUCUCCACAUUUGUGAAUUUACUGGGCACAACGAUAUCUCUGAGGCACCCAGAUUAUGGAAAAUAAAUUGUCAAGGGACCCACCACAAAACUUAGGGCGAUCUGAGUGCUGCCUCCUUGUCAGUGCCAAACCUUAAUGAAACAUUUGAAAUAAACCUCCUCCUCCUGUCCCUGGGACCUGUUCCUUCACCCCCGCUUCGAGGCGUCAGGAAGGGGGACACAGCACUUGCGGACGAGGUUUCAUGAACAAGGGUCUUCUGCAAGGAGUAGAAGCUCAAGGUUAAGGUGAAAAAUUCUGGCUUCAUCCUUCAUCGUCAGAGUU